GUUAUGCUCUUAGUGACACAGCUACAGUAAUUGGUGCUGCAAUGUUUGCCCGGUGUUUACUGGAGUUUUCAGAGGCUGCUAUUUGUCAUGGAACCACAGACAGACCUGUCACUUGGGGCCUGACAGAUGCCAGUCCAGAAGGCCGCUAACAAGAUGAAGAUAGUCCACCCAGCUACAAAACGGGAUUAUGUCUGAGCGGCAGAUAAACAGAUUAUUCCAGAAACAGACACUGCUUUUUUAGCUUCGUCACUCUUGUCUCCCACUUAGAGCAUCGUCUUCCCCCAGUUCAUCAAACUGCUCUGCGGUGCUAGCCAGACACACCUUGGACAUUUCACCAUCUGGUGUGACACUGAGUAACUCUGUGCAGGCUAAUGACCAGUGCUGCAAUUUUGGUUAAAAGUAACUUAAAAGCCAACUUAUUCUAAGGGGUAGUCUUUUUUGGAACUAAUGGGCUCAAGAUAAAACAAAGCUCAAAGGAUUCUCGGCAAAACAAAUACUGUAUAUAUACAUUUAUAUCUAAAUAUUUAAUCAUGUCAUUGAAAAGUGGACUUCUCUUUUUACUUUUUCUGUUUACCUUUCACGCUAAUGGAAUCAAAGAUAUGAACAGUCAAGAGACUCUGGCUGGAGUCAAAAAGACUCAUUCAGGACACUUGAUAGAAAUGUUGAGGACAACCAAGCAAUCUUCAAGAAUAAAAGCAAUAUUUGAGCUGGAAAGACAUCGGACAAGGAGAUCGACAUUUUCCCACACCGGAGUGAAAGUCUGUCCACAGGAAACCAUCAAAGAAAUCAUCGCCAGUCAUCAGGCUUACUACAAACUUAGAGUUUGUCAGGAAGCCGUGUGGGAGGCCUUUCGGAUAUUUCUGGACAGAAUUCCAGACACCGCGGAGUACCAGAGCUGGGUUUCCACUUGCCAGCAGGAAUCCCUUUGUAUAGCCGACCUGGCAAAGAACUUCAGCAGCUCUCAGGAACAUCUUGACAUGGUUCAAAGAAGAGUUCGUUUAAGGGACGAAAAGCAUCAGGAAAGAGAAGUGUCCACUGUAAAGCCUGAAGAGGUGACAGGAAAGGCUUCUGAAACUACAACAGUUUCCAGGGAAGUCUUCACUGCUGGACCCACAGAAGUGUCAGCUCUUUCUAGAAACCUCCUUAAUGAAACUGUGAAUGACACAAAAGUCCUUGACACGGACUCGGAGCUUCCUAACACAGUGCCCGACCAGCUUGUGGAGCAGGUGGUGGAGUUCAGUGUAACACUCAGCAAUCCAGGCUACGGUGAGCUCCUGAGCAGUCCUGACACCCCCCAGUACCAGGACCUGGCCCACAGCCUCCAGGAUCAGAUGUUGCAUGUUCUUGAUAGGCUUCCAGGAUUUAAGGAAAUCAGAGUGUUAGGAUUUAGUGAGAAGAACGCCAAUGAUGGACCUGGAGGGCUUACUGUCCGUUAUGCUGUGGUCUUUGAAACAGUAUCGCCGGAAUCCAGUAGCAUUGGUUAUCAAAACAUCGAUAGGGUUUCUAAUACUUCUGAACAAGGGAUUGGCCCUUACAGUCCAGAUGAUGAGAAGAUGACAGCUUCAAUCAUAGUGCCCAGUCUCCAGGAAGUGGUAGUCAAGGCCUUGAGUGAAGAAACAUCCCUCCCAGUGGAUUUCAACACCAUUAGCUUUGAACCAGAUGUUACAGGCCAGCCACGACCUACCUCAACACCACAAAUCGCUGUCCUGGAACCAGACUCUCACAAUGAGCUGACAAUCUCUACAGAUAAAUCAGUCAUGGAUGCAGAAAAGUCCCUCCCAGACCUUCCUCUUCAUCCCUCUAUAAAGGAGAAUGCCUUAGAAACCCUUCUAGGUACAACAGUUCAGAGUCCCAAUAAGGAAGAUCGGGUUAAUGUGGGAGCCACAGUCCUACCGACUCCUGACAACAUUGUAUUAGUAGAGCCUUUCAGCAGUGCCACCCCUACCAUCGUGCAAAUAACAAUUGACCAUAUUGAAGAUGAAUCAAAGCUCAUGUACAUUAAUGAGUUUAGUCCUACAACCCCAUCCCAAACCACAGCACAGCCAGUGACAUUGCAUGAACUGGAUGAGACUGGGCUUGUUAACACACAUGUAACAGACAAUGUAAAAGACAACACCAACAUGCCUUCAACUGACACAUCUGGUGAUAGUGCUGGUGCAGGAGGAGACAAUAUAAUAUCUGGGGAAGACAACAGUGUCACACCAAGUAAUUCAGUACCUACCGCUGCUGGUGGAGAAGACACUAGUGUCACACCAAGUAUUUUAAUUCCCAGUGCUGGUGGAGAAGAUGAGAGAGUCACGCCAAGUAUUUCAAUACUUAAUUCUGGUGGAGAAGACAACAGUGUCACACCAAGUGAUUCAGUUCCUACCACUGGUGAUGUAGAAGAUGACAGAGUCACACCAAGUGAUUCAGUACCUACGGCUGGUGAUGUAGAAGACGACAGUGUCACACCAAGUGAUUCAGUACUUACCGCUGGUGAUGUAGAAGACGACAGAGUCACACCAAGUGAUUCAGUACCUACCGCUGGUGAUGUAGAAGACGACAGUGUCACACCAAGUGAUUCAGUACCUACCGCUGCUGGUGGAGAAGACACUAGUGUCACACCAAGCAUUUCAAUUCCCAGUGUUGGUGGAGAAGAUCACAGAGUCACACCAAGUAAUUCUGUACCUACUGCUGCUGGUGGAGAAGAUGACAGAGUCACACCAAGCAUUUCAAUACAUAAUUCUGGGGUCGAAAGCCACAGUAUCACACCAACUAUUUCAAUACUUAAUUCUGGUGUAGAAAACGACAGAGUCACACCAAGUGAUUCAGUACCUACCGCUGCUGGUGGAGAAGAGGGGAGUGCCACACAAAGUAAUUCAAUUUCCAAAGCUGAUGUGGGAAAGCAUAAUGUCACAGCAAGUGGUCCAGAUCCAAAAGACACUGCAGUACAAGAUGGUGACUCACCAAGUGCUUCACUUCGUAAACCUGUCAUAGAAGGGGACAGUGUCAUACAAAGUGAGUCGGUCCCAAAUACCACGUUCAUACCAUCAACUGACUCACUUCCCAGUGGUGUCCGUCUAGUAGAACCUGUCCCUGAAACUAGUACACAGAUUCUGCUUGUCACAACUAGUGUGAAAGGCCUUCCCAUUCAAUCUACAAGGGAGAACUCUGACGUCUUAUUGCCAGUCACCACCCUAUCAACCAUUACUCUGCAGCCACCAACUGAAAGGAUUAUAAUCUUUCAGCAAGACGAGGAUACUGACAAUAUAAUUUCAGAGGAAGAUAAAAAAAGGACAGACACACUCUUGGAAGGUGAGGAAUCUAAAGAGGACAUACCAGAUUUAUCCAAACCAGCUGUCCCUGAUGAAGAUGAAAAUUUAGUUUUUCUGGUAACAACAUCAUCACCACCUGUCAACAUAGAAGAUAUAACAAUGCAGGAAAAGACGGAUUCUUCAGAACUGCUCCCCGAACAAGAUGGCGACAGUGUCUUUCCCUCAGAAGGACCUCUGCUAGUAUCACCCACAUUUGAAGCACCAGAGGACCUGGACAGCUCCCUCACUUCAAGUACGACAUCUUCAACAGAGGGUCUUCUAAUCUCUCCCACUCCAGAAUCUAUUUCCACCUCUCUGUCAACAGAUUUAGGACCCUUUGAAACAGUUCUCACUGAUAUUCCCUUAACGAGUGCUAUGCCUGUCUUUGAAGGCUCAACAGGUGGUGAUGUAACGGUGGGCCCUUCCACCACUGAACAAGAAAAGGCUGAGUCCAACACUCAGGCCACAAGAUCGCCUACGGAGGCAGUGCCUUUGACUAUUUUGAGUGAAACCGCUGUUGAAGAACCAACAGAGUCGUCAGUGCAAGAAGCAGCCACUUCAGUGGCACCUUUUGUAGUGGACCACAGAGCUCCAAAACCCACUGUUGAAGAAAGCGAACCAACUGCCCAAACAAUUGCACCCACAAGGACAGAUGAAAGUGGAGAGUUUGAAACUGAAGUGCAAGACAUUACAGCGGAGCUAGAUAGGAUCGAUGUGGUGAGCACAGAAACCAUCGAUGAGCUGGAUUACAGCGGUGGAUACCCGUUUUUAAAGGAGGACCAUCCCUUCGAAAGCACAGCUUCACCACCUCUGAAAUAUUUGACCACUCCCUCGAUGACUACAGCAAGCAAAGGCAAAGAGUUAGUAGUGUUCUUUAGCUUGAGAGUAACUAACUUGAUGUUUUCAGAUGACCUUUUCAACAAGAGUUCCCCAGAAUACAAAUCAUUGGAGAAUACAUUCCUUGAACUGACACAGUUCACCCAUCACAAAGACUGGCCGAACCUUGGACCGUCCAGUAAAUCUGAGACUGGGAGACAGAGGACAUUAGCGUCAAUACCGCUACUUCCCUAUCUACAGUCUAACCUGACAGGAUUUAAACAGUUAGAGAUUCUCAACUUCAGGAAUGGAAGUGUCAUAGUCAAUAGCAAGAUGAAAUUUGCCAAGUCAGUGCCAUAUAAUGUCACACAGGCUGUUCACUGUGUCCUGGAGGAUUUCUGCAAUGCGGCUACCAAACGUCUUGACAUUGAGAUAGACAGUCGAUCUCUGGACGUGGAACCAGCUGAUCAGGCAGAUCCUUGCAAGUUUUUGGCCUGCAAUGAGUUUGCAAGGUGUAUAGUAAACAGAUGGACCAAAGAAGCUGAGUGUGUAUGUGCCCCCGGAUACCUCAGUGUGGAUGGCCUGCCCUGUCAGAGUGUCUGUAGCCUACAGCCAGACUUCUGUCUCAAUGGAGGGCAGUGUGAAAUUAUUCCAGGGCACGGAGCUGCUUGCAGAUGCCCUGUGGGCAAACACUGGCAGUAUCAUGGAGAACGCUGCACUGAGCUGGUGUCACAGCCAGUAGACGCUUUCGUUUUCAUAGCUUCACUUGUGGGUUGCCUGACCUUUGUUUUUGCCGUAAUAGGUGUCUUGAUUUUGAUUAACAGAAAAUGUAUACGGACCAGAAAGACAGUGACUUUGGUACACACUCACAGCCCUUACACAUUUGAGAGCACUGUGAGAGUAAAUCCGGUUUUUGAAAAUGAGGAUGCUCCCUUGACACGUGUUCCCAGCUUGCAUUGCCCUUCAAGUAUCGCGGCUGGUCCUUCCGAGCUUGCUGAGCAAGAAACGUUAGAAACAAUUGAAAACAUACACCUCAGUAUAGAGAUACCCAGGUACCUAUAUACAACCAGACCAGACAAGUUAGUUUCAGAAAUGGUGGAUUUCCAUCAUUGCAUGCCACAGAGUGAGACGUGGCAAUUAUCCAGGUCAAGUGAAUACGGGACCUCCUGUUGCCCACUGGGGAGAGCAUCAGAUGGCGAAUGCUACGAAGUAACUGUGUUGUGAAGUGGAAUCUCAACUGAACAUUGUAGCAGCAAUCAAGACAACAACCUAUUUCGUUUUUUCUUGAUCUCAGAUCUGUUCUAUUUUUGUACGUUCAGUUCUCCGAUUUAUUUUAUUUUUUGCUUUUGCACAUGCAUAUUUUGGUGACACAUUGCAGAUGCUUUUUACCUCGAUUACAGUGUAUUUCAAAUAUGGAGCUGGACAACUAAGUGAUCAUAAGACAUGCUUCCAAUAUGUGUGAUGUCUUUGUUGUAAUUCACAGGCAUGUAAAAUCUGGGUUAAUAUGUACUGAAGGGUGAAUACAUGAAUACUUAUGAAUGUUGCUGUUAAGGGUUGUUAGUUUGUUGAAAAGAAUAGGAACACUUUUAAAUAGAUAUGUACCCUUGUCAAAGGUUUAAUACAAUUUUCCUCACAAUGAGGUAAUUUACUAAAAUCUACUUUACUUUUUAUACACACCAUUGUAUCAUUAGUAGAAAUUCUACAUUACAACCAGAAGACUGUCAUAUUUUAAUUGUAUUACUUCUUUCUGCAGUGUCCCGUAUAUAAAAUAUUUGAAUGUAAUGUUAUAGCCAGUGUUUAAUGCUUUAUUUUGACUUUAUCCUGUAUUGUAUGGUUAACCCUUAAAUGUAUUAGCAAUGUGUGUCUUGAUUCUUUUUUGUAGUUAUUUACAUAUUAUUUUAUGAUUAGUAUUCCUGUGGAAAAGAAUCUUUGAGCUGUAGUUGAGGAGAAAUGAAGUGUACUACAGCAUAUACAGUACGCACAGCACAGCUUCGGAAAUGAUGUAAAUAAGAGAAUACUGACAAUAGUCUCUUGUAAUCAUGGAGCUACAAGUAAGGCUAUUUAAACAACACUAUCAAAUUUCAAAAUCUUGUGAAACAUUAUGCAGAUCAUGAUAUUGAUUUUAUAUUGAAAUUAAAAUUUUCCUACAAAACAA